UUGCAAUAAUUGUCCUCCUUCUUCUAACACACACCUCUCUCUUUCUCUUUCACACACACUCUCUCUGUUUCCAAUUUACAUUACCAGACCUGAAUUUUCUUCAUUCUCCAUUUCAAAUCGAAAGAUCUAUCUAUCAAUCUUUCUUCUUUCUCAUCGAUCUAUUCAAUCGAAUCGAAUCGAAACGAGAACAAAAUUGCAAUGUCGUCGAUUCGAUUGGAUGGUGGGAAGCAACAAUAUUACACCACAAGUGGUCUUGUGGUAGGGUAUGCACUGUGUUCGAGCUUGUUAGCAAUCAUCAACAAGUACGCCAUUACCAAAUUCAACUACCCAGGUCUCUUAACCGCAUUGCAGUACCUCACUUCCGCUCUCGGUGUUUAUCUCUUAGGCAAAUUAGGGUUUCUCCACCACGACCCUUUCACCUUGCCCACAGCCAAGAAAUUCUUCCCCGCCGCUCUCGUUUUCUACCUCGCAAUCUUCACCAACACCAAUCUUCUCCGUCACGCCAACGUUGACACCUUCAUUGUCUUCAGAUCCUUAACCCCUCUUUUGGUUGCCUUGGCCGACACUGCGUUUAGGAGCCAACCUUGCCCCUCCAACUUCACCUUCUUCUCCCUCAUCGUUAUUCUCGGUGGCGCUGUUGGCUAUGUUGCCACCGAUUCUGCUUUCACUCUCACUGCUUAUUCUUGGGCGUUUGCUUAUUUGAUAACAAUCACCACCGAGAUGGUUUACAUCAAGCACAUGGUCAUGAAUCUUGGGCUUAACACAUGGGGUUUUGUGUUUUACAAUAAUCUAUUGUCUCUGAUGAUGGCUCCUUUCUUUUGGUUCUUGACCGGAGAGAAUGUUCAGGUUUUUGCUGCUCUGAGAUUGGGGUAUGGGAGUUUGUUUGGUACCAAUGCACUUGCUGCUGUGUCAUUGUCCUGUGUGUUUGGUUUCCUCAUCAGUUUCUUUGGGUUUGCGGCUAGAAAAGCUGUUUCCGCCACAGCUUUUACCGUCACCGGUGUGGUAAAUAAGUUUCUCACCGUGUCCAUCAAUGUGGUUAUUUGGGAUAAGCAUGCUAGCCCUGUUGGUUUGGUUUGUCUGCUUUUUACCAUUGUUGGGGGAGUUCUUUAUCAACAGUCCGUGACUGGGCCUGGGAAUGCUCCGGCACAGCGUGAAGCACUGGUGUCCAAGCAAUCUGAUAUUGAGAGUAACAAUCAUGAUGAUGAUGAUUUGGCAGGUGAGAGUGAAGGAAAGGGUAAACUUGCUUCUCUAUGAGCAUUUGUAACACUUAUUUAUAGUUUCUACGUGAUGUUUAAGCUGUAAUGCUGUAUAAUUGUUGUCUAAUCUCAACAACCUUAAGAAAAAAUUUUAUGCAAUAUGAGGUAUUAUUUUCAGAAGGAUGUGGAAUUGCAAUUUUGCUUGCUUCUUUA